AAGAAAUAAACAACCAACCAAAAUGUCCAAAUCCUUCACCCCCACCGAAGUGGCCAACCACAAGACCGCCGAUAAGGGCCUCUACAUCAUUAUCGACACCAACGUCUACGACGUGACCAACUUUGUCGACGAACACCCCGGUGGCGCAAAGAUCCUCAAACGAGUCGCAGGAAAAGACGCCUCGAAGCAGUUCUGGAAGGUUGGUUUCAUUCUUCUUUCGUUCUUGUCGUUCGUAUGUAUGUAUGAACUGAGGCUGAGGCUAAUUGGUGAUGGUGGUUCAGUAUCACAAUGAAGGUGUCUUGAAGAAGUAUUCGCCUAAAUUGAAGAUUGGGGAGAUCAAGGAUGCUGCG